CCUCCUCGUUGUAUUCAAUCUGAAGGUGAGCACACCAUUAGAUCUGAUCCGAAAAUACAUCAGUCAUGUUGCAUAUACUGUGCGAAAUUAACCUUCUAGUGUUGAUGCUCACAUAGAUUACCUUCAAAUUCUGAUCCGAAAAUUCACAUAUAUAUCUGAUCUGAAAAUUCACCAUUUAUGUUUUGCCCUUGUGAACUUCAAACUAUUGUUUUGCUGUUGCAUUGUAGAUGAAAAAGAGGCAGAAGAUGUUAGUUUGGGCAGCUGCGGCAUAUAUGGCAAUAUCUAUGAUGGUCUUGAUCCUUAAUUCUAGAAAAAGGAAGAGGAAAGAACGUCUUAACAUAUCAUAUGGGCCAAUAGAGGAGAGGGAUAGGAUGAGAAUUGAGUAUCUUAACAAUAAAAUUUGGAAGAAUGAUACAAAUUGUGUGAACAUGCUUAGACUAGGAAGAGCACCUUUCUUCAGAUUCUGCCACCUAUUUAGGACUCGUGGCUUGCUUGUUGACACUAUACACAUGUGUGUGGAGCAGCAAGUAGCAAUGUUCUUGAACACCGUUGGACAUAACCUUAGAAAUAGGCUGGUUGGCACCAAUUAUGAUAGGUCCGGUGAAACCGUUAGUAGAUAUUUUCAUAUUGUCCUUCACGCCAUUGGUGAGCUACGAGAUGAAUUGAUUAGGCGACCUUCAUUGGAGACCCAAUCAAAAAUAGAAGGAAACCCACGGUGGGAUCCAUAUUUCAAGGAUUGUGUUGGAGCUAUUGAUGGUACACAUGUGCGGGCGUCCGUUACUAAGGAUAUGGAGGCAGCUUUUCGUGGUAGAAAGUCCUUCCCUUCUCAAAAUGUGCUCGUAGCCGUAGAUUUUGAUCUUCGGUUCACGUAUGUUUUGGCUGGUUGGGAGGGAACAGCACAUGAUGCGCUCGUCUUGAGAGAUGCGUUAGAAAGGCCAAAUGGUUUACGGAUUCGUAACCAUCUGCGUUAUUGGAAGAGGAAGUGGCAAAGGAUAACUUUGCUUAAGCAUGGAAUAAGUGGUGCUCUUUGGGAUGAGGAAAAUUGCAUUAUUGGGCUUGCUGAAGAGCACUAUGCUGAGUACAUUCAGACGCACCAAUCAGAUGCUCCAUUCUUGAACAAACCUAUAAACCAUUACAAUGAGAUGGCUACAAUAUUUGGCAAUAGUCUGGCUACAGGGCAGUAUGCCAAGGGAUCAAAUGAACCUCUUGCUGAAGAAGUGACGGAAAUUGAAGAUGAUGUUGGGGAAACCGCGGAAGCUGCUGCUACUCCCUCGCCAAAUGCUGCUGCUACUCCCUCGCCCACUGGGCCAUCAGCCCCAAAAGCAAAGAGAGCCAAAACAAGUGCACAAGAAAGCGAAGAUAAGAUGAUAGCAACAUUCUCGGCUGUUGGUGAAAAGAUUGCUAAUGCUAUAGUGGAGGCUGGUAAGACCAAUGACGAGUUGCCCGAAGGUCUUUGGGAUAGCAUGAAAGGCAUUCCUGGUUUCGAACCAGCAUACCUUUCUCACUACUAUGCACAUCUGGUUGAAAAUGUUCGCAUUGCGCGGGCUUUCCACUCGUUGGACUUUGCGAACAAGUUAAUUUGGAUUGCUAGGUAUGUUAGCAACAACUUCCCUGGUUGA